UCCUUAAAGUGAGACAUAGCACGCAGCUUUUAAUAACAGCCUACCUUCCGAGCAAAUCUCACACACUUCUCCAAUUCCACUACAACAGUUUUUUUCCCUCUUCAUCUUCAUCAUCUUUAACUUCUCAAUUUGCAUUUUGUGAAUAAUGACACACCUCAUGUUACUGCUAAUUACACUGCUCCUUCCACUCCUUGCAAACACUGGCCAAAAUCAAAUGGUAUUUGCAAAAGGGAAGAAUAACAACAGCAACGUUAGAGAAGCUUGCAGUGUAACAAGGUACCAAAACCUCUGUAUCCACACGCUAUCACAUUUCUCUAACACUGCAGGAACAAGCCCCAGCAAAUGGGCACGUGCAGGUGUAUCGGUAACAAUAACCGAGGUUAAGAAUGUUCAGGCAUACCUCACAAAACUGAAGAAGAACAAGCGUAUGAUGAAAGGAAGAAACAGAGCUGCUCUGUCAGAUUGUGUUGAGUGUUUUGCAGAUGCACUUGAUGAGCUUCACAGAUCGCUCGGUGUUCUUAGGAGGCUGAGCAAGAAGACAUUCAGCACCCAAAUGGGGGAUCUGAACACAUGGAUCAGUGCAGCACUCACUGAUGAAGACACUUGCAUAGAUGGUUUUGAAGGGAAAACAGAGAGGCAAAUCAAAUUGCUGCAGAACAGGGUUCAGAAUGUGUCUUACAUAACAAGUAAUGCUCUGGCUCUUGUUAACAAACUGGCCACUACAGGAUUGGGAAGCAUCACUGAUCCAUAAAAGUUCUGAAAUGGGUAACUGAAACGUAAUUUCUGAAUUAAGGUUAAAGGAUUAAGCUGUGAACAUGAGUCUAUUGAUAUAAUUAUAGUAUAUAGAUAUGCUAUAGUUUCUUUUUAAUUGUCCUGGAAAUAAAGAAAGCCUAGCUUGGAAAUAUGUCUUAAUAUUGAUCAGUGUUGUUCUGUUAAUAUACUGUGCAUAAAUGUUGCUUGCUCUUCUAUGUAAUCCAAUCAUAAUAUGAAUUACAUUAUAAAAAAAUGUUUUAUAGUGAUUUUUUUCAA